CUACAAAACUUCAUUCUAUUAUGAAGUUGGAAUAACGGUUAGAGGUGACACUUUGAGUCUUUGAUCAAAACUAGGUUCUUCAAGAGUUACAACAAUGGCAUUGGCAUCUAUUCCAAAACUAGUGCUUGGAUCCGUUGCCUUUGCAAUCUUUUGGAUGCUAGCAGUUUUUCCUGCUGUGCCAUUCCUUCCCAUUGGAAGAACUGCAGGGUCGUUGUUAGGUGCAAUGUUGAUGGUCAUAUUCCAAGUUAUUAGUCCAGAUCAAGCAUAUGAAGCAAUCGAUCUUCCAAUUCUAGGUCUACUUUUCGGCACAAUGGUAGUUAGUGUUUACCUGGAAAGAGCUGACAUGUUCAAAUACAUAGGAAAAUUGCUUUCUUGGAAAAGCAGAGGAGCAAAGGACUUACUCUUCAGAAUUUGUGUGAUUUCUGCUGUUUCAAGUGCUCUUUUCACCAACGACACUGCUUGUGUUGUUCUCACAGAAUUCAUAUUGAAAAUCGCAAAGCAACACAACCUCCCACCACACCCUUUGUUGCUUGCACUUGCCACAAGUGCUAACAUUGGCUCUGCAGCAACUCCAAUUGGGAACCCUCAAAACCUUGUCAUAGCAGUUGAGGGUAAAAUUUCAUUUGGGCAAUUUCUGAUUGGUGUUCUUCCAGCUAUGGUUGUAGGGGUUGUAAUGAAUGAUUUGAUUCUCAUGGUCAUGUAUUGGAGGGUGUUGUCUAUUCAAAAGGAUGAAGAGGAUCCACUAGCAAGUCAUGCAGCAGAGGAAGAGGUUAAUUCUCAUCACUUUUCCCCAGCCACAAUGUCUCAUUUUAGCUCACUCAACUCUGAACAGUGGAAUACACGCAUGGAAAAUUUCAAUCUUCCGAGUUCCCCUCACGUUCAGACUCUAAGAAACCGAUCGGUAGUGGGUGAUGGUGAAAUCGACAGGGUUCUCAGUAACACGUUGGAUUCCACGAGAAACUCAAAUGCAUCAAAGGAGGAGACAAAUGGUAUGAGUUAUGAGACACGUGAGGAAACUACUAGUCCUUCAAAAACUGAUGCGAAAGGGGUUAAACCAGUUGUGGAAACUGUCUUGAACACUUUAGAAGUAAAGGAGAAUUUGAGUGUAAGAUGGAGAUAUAUACUAUGGAAGUCGUGUGUUUACAUAAUCACAUUGGGAAUGUUGGUUGCAAUGCUUCUUGGUUUGAAUAUGUCAUGGAGUGCUAUUUCAGCUGCUCUAGCUUUGGUUGUUCUUGAUUUCCAAGAUGCUGGACCAUCCUUAGAAAAGGUUUCUUAUUCACUGUUGAUAUUCUUUUGUGGAAUGUUCAUAACAGUAGAUGGUUUCAAUAAAACUGGAAUUCCAGGUGCUCUUUGGGAGGUUAUGGAACCUUAUUCUCGAGUUGACCGUGCUAGUGGAAUAGCAAUACUUGCUCUGGUUAUACUUAUCUUAUCAAAUGUGGCUUCUAAUGUUCCAACUGUUCUAUUACUCGGAGGACCGGUUGCAGCCUCAGCUGCUGCAAUCUCGCAAGAAAGUGAAAAGAAAGCAUGGUUGAUACUGGCUUGGGCAAGCACAGUUGCAGGAAACUUGUCACUUCUAGGAUCAGCAGCAAACUUAAUAGUGUGUGAACAAGCUCGCCGUACUCCUAACAUUGCAUACACUUUAACUUUCUGGAACCAUCUCAAAUUUGGUCUUCCUUCAACUCUCGUAAUCACUGCUAUUGGUUUGACACUCAUAAGAUGAUUAUACUAAUAAUUUCAUUCAACACAAAUACUUAUAGUAGAAUAAGCUUA